GACGCGCUUUCUCUCUGCCCUUGUUGUCACGGAUUUCUUUCUUUUUUUUUUUGUAUUCUCUCUUAGCUUCCUAUUAUGUCUUUCUUUGGUGCUCCUAGCUUUCAACAACAACAACAGCAACAAACUAUUAACCCUCAAAACAUUGCUUUAGCAGAACAAGAACUUGAGUUAUUUACAGACUUGUUUAAUAGAAUCACAGACUCUUGCCAUAAAAAGUGUAUUUCCAAAGACUAUGCUCAAGCUGAUCUGACACAGGGUGAAGCUGUUUGCAUUGACCGUUGUGUCUCUAAAUAUUUAGAAUCAAAUACCAAAGUAUCUGCUAAAAUGCAACAAGUAGGACAACAAUAAUAUAUUUUGCAUUGACAAAUAGAUUACAUCUUUUUUUUUUAAAAUUAUAAUGUUUAUUACACCGAAAGAGAGAAGCAGU